UACUUUUAUUUUAUUCUAGGUUAUUACUUUCCUUUAAGAAGACAUCCAUGAUGUUUUUUUCAUUGAAGACAAAGUACUCUAUUGCCUUUAUUGAUUAACUGAACAAACUCAGCAUAGAGAGUCCAUGAAGCUCAAGACAAUUAAACUUCCUACUCAUUCCACCAGGAAGACUUUGAAAGAUUCGUCAGAGGACUACCUGCAAGAAUAAUCUAUCUGAAGCAUCAUGUGUUGAAAACAACUGAACGCUAUUACUUUUGCACUAGAAAGAAACAGAGUCGCCAUGUUUUCAAUUUUUUAAAACUUGAAUAAACCAGGGGAGUGAGUUGAAAAUCUGAAAAUGCGGCCAUGGACUGGUUCCUGGCGUUGGAUUAUGCUCAUUCUUUUUGCCUGGGGGACCUUAUUAUUUUAUAUAGGUGGUCAUUUGGUACGAGAUAAUGACCAUCCUGAUCACUCCAGCCGAGAACUUUCCAAGAUUCUGGCAAAACUUGAACGCUUAAAACAGCAAAAUGAAGACCUGAGAAGAAUGGCAGAAUCUCUCCGUGCCAGGGAUCGAGCCCAGGAUAUCACACAUGCAAGAAUACCAGAAGGCCCCAUUGAUCAGGGGCCUGCUUCAGGAAGAGUUCGUGCUUUAGAAGAGCAGCUUGUGAAGGCCAAAGAACAGAUUGAAAAUUAUAAGAAGCAAACUGGAAAUGGUCUGGGGAAAGAUCAUGAAAUUCUAAGGAGGAGAAUUGAAAAUGGAGCUAAAGAACUCUGGUUUUUUUUACAAAGUGAACUGAAGAAAUUAAAGAAUUUAGAAGGAAGUGAACUCCAAAGACAUGCAGAUGAAUUCCUAUCAGAUUUGGGACAUCAUGAAAGAUCUAUAAUGACGGAUCUAUACUACCUCAGCCAAACAGAUGGAGCAGGUGAUUGGAGGGAAAAAGAGGCCAAAGAUCUGACAGAGCUGGUCCAGAGGAGAAUAACAUAUCUUCAGAAUCCUAAGGACUGCAGCAAAGCGAAAAAGCUAGUGUGUAAUAUCAACAAAGGCUGUGGCUAUGGCUGUCAACUUCAUCAUGUGGUCUACUGCUUCAUGAUUGCCUAUGGCACCCAGCGGACACUCAUCUUGGAAUCUCAGAAUUGGCGCUAUGCUACUGGUGGAUGGGAAACCGUGUUUAGACCUGUAAGUGAGACCUGCACAGACAGAUCAGGCAGCUCUGCUGGACACUGGUCAGGUGAAGUAAAGGACAAAAAUGUUCAGGUGGUUGAACUCCCCAUUGUAGACAGUCUUCAUCCUCGUCCUCCAUAUUUACCUCUGGCUGUACCAGAAGACCUUGCAGAUCGACUUGUGAGAGUCCAUGGUGACCCUGCAGUGUGGUGGGUGUCUCAGUUUGUCAAAUAUUUGAUCCGCCCACAACCUUGGCUGGAAAAGGAGAUAGAAGAAGCCACCAAGAAACUUGGCUUUAGACAUCCAGUUAUUGGGGUCCAUGUCAGACGCACAGACAAAGUGGGAACAGAAGCAGCUUUUCAUCCCAUUGAAGAAUAUAUGGUACAUGUUGAAGAACAUUUUCAACUUCUCGCUCGCAGAAUGCAAGUGGAUAAAAAAAGAGUAUAUUUGGCCACAGAUGACCCUUCUUUAUUAAAGGAAGCCAAAACAAAGUAUCCCAAUUAUGAGUUUAUCAGUGAUAAUUCGAUCUCUUGGUCAGCGGGACUACAUAAUCGAUACACAGAAAACUCACUUCGGGGAGUGAUCCUUGAUAUACACUUUCUCUCCCAAGCAGACUUCCUAGUGUGUACUUUUUCAUCCCAGGUCUGUCGAGUUGCUUAUGAAAUCAUGCAAACAUUGCAUCCUGAUGCUUCUGCAAAUUUCCAUUCUUUGGAUGAUAUCUACUAUUUUGGGGGCCAAAAUGCCCACAACCAGAUUGCCAUUUAUCCUCACCAACCUCGAACUCUCGAUGAGAUUCCUAUGGAACCUGGAGAUGUCAUUGGUGUUGCAGGAAAUCACUGGGAUGGCUAUUCUAAAGGUGUAAACAGAAAGCUGGGAAGGACUGGCCUGUAUCCCUCCUACAAAGUCCGAGAGAAGAUAGAAACAGUCAAGUACCCCACAUAUCCUGAGGCUGAGAAGUAAACCUGAGAUGAAGAAGCAACUCACUUCAAAUCAUUUGAGCCAAACUGCUGAUGGAGAUGGAAAGCCCUGACCUAACAACUUAGGUUAAAUACAUAGACUUCUUUAGCACCAGGAAAAAACAAAACUGGAAACUGACAGAUGCUUUAUUAGUGAAAUUCCUCUUUAACAAGGGCUACAGUGCCCUAAACCCAUGCACAGUUGGAUAAUGUACUCACAUAUAACAUACAAACAGGUUGUUUUCUAUUUUUCCCCUUCUUUCAAAAUUAUAUCCCCAUGAAACAAACACUGCCACAUUGUGUAAUUUAAGUAACAGACAUUUUGUGUGAGAAUUCAAACAUGGUGCCUAUACCUGAGAGACCUAUGUGACCUAAUAAGAAGACCUACACUCCCGAUCAUGAGGAAGUUGAUUCUUACCCAGUGGUGGUUUCAUAACCACUGAAUUCAAUCCAACGAUUCAGAAUGAGAAUGGAUGCUUUUUUCUGGAUUUUUUUUUAAGUAAUUGCAUAAGUUCAUCCACCUCACCAUUAAUAAGUAAAGGAUACAUCAAAAAAUAAAAUGUUCACACUCCAUUAAGAACUUUUAUAAAACAAUGCCAUGAACAGAUUCUUUAGUAAUUAAUGUUUCUGGACAUUCUUUGAUAACAAAAAAUAAAUUUUAAAAAGAGGAA